GGGCUGUAAACCACGUGGUGCGGGGCGGAGCACGUGGUGUGGGCGCGAGAAGAGGCGGGAGGGAAGGCGCUGUGUCAGGAAUUGCGAGAAAAAUCCCAGUAAACGACAAGAUUGUAGGAGUACCUGAGAAUGUCUGAUCAGGAGGUGUUACUGGAUGUUCUAAAGAAGGAGCUGCGUUCUCUGCUGAUUUCUGCUCAAGGUGGCCUGUCUCCAGUUGAGUUAGAAAGUGAUUACUACAAGAUGAUGGGAAAGCGUCUGCCGUUAUAUGCUCUGGGGUACAGAUCUGUGCUGGAGCUAAUCACUGACAUGCCUGAUGCUAUUAAAAUUCACACCUGUGGGAAUGGGAGUCUCAUUCUGAAAGGGAAUGGGGAUGCAACAACAAAGGGAAUUGAAGAGAUGGUGGCAAAAUCAAGGAUCCCUUCCAAAACCAAACGUAACUUGAGAAAGCCUAGGUAUGAUUUCACACAAAAGCAGGGAUUCCUGCCUCGGCGCUGCAACUCCAUCCCUGUUUUACCAGCAUUAGUGAAAUGUGAAAUUCGAGAGCUCCUGCUUUCCUUCCCUGAUGGCAUCCUGCUAUCAGAUUUUGACAAAGCAUUUGUGAAAAAGUAUGGCCGGCCAUUCCAGUGUGCCAGGUAUGGAUUUUACUCCUUGCAGGAGGUGCUGAAAACAGCUGCAGAUGAUAUUGUGAUCCAGCAAACACGUCGGGGUUCCCUGCUAUUGCUGAAGGUCCAGAAUAGAGAGUGUUUUUUUGUACAAGGUGAAUGGCAUUGCCAGUCCAUUGCAAACCACCCUGUUGAGGCAGAAUCAACAUCGGUGCCAUUGAUCCCCCUCAAACCACCCACACAAACAUUUCAGAAGCAGAGCUUGGAGCCUUUGGAUCCAGACAACGUCCCAGGUUCCAACACAGGAUUAGAGUAUUUCGAUGGAGGGAUGAAAAAGCUUGUGAAAGACCUGAAGGCGGUGCUGUUAGAGAAAGGAGUUGGAGGCACUAUUGAUCCAAAAGUGAAGGAGAAAGUCUGGUUUACAGUAGCACAAAGGCCUGAUGGUUUAUUGGCUUCCAGACUCCCUGUGGAAUUUAAGGAUAUUUUUGGGCAGGAGCUUCCACUGAAGGAGUUGGGGUUUUACAGUGUGACGGAGCUCGUUGCUGCCUUAAGUGACAUCUUCUAUGUUGAACGGGAUGUGAAAAAUCAGGACUGGUUAAUCUUUGACAUCAAACGUCACCAGUCACUUCAAACAACAACUACAAAAACCUUGCUGUCAAAUGGAACAGUUGGAGGCUUUCAGGAUGCCCAAGGAAGUGAGGAAGAUUUUGCCUCAUGAAUUUCAGGAACAUUGAUCAACUGCUUUAUCAGUUCUUUCAAAGGAAGAUCAGUGGAAAUACAGCUGAAGAUCGAUAACUAGUGGUGGCUCCUUUGUGGAGAGGCAGCUCAUCAGAGCUGAGCAAGUUCUUGCCCUGAUUCAUGAGGAUAUCCUAGAAAUCCGUGA